AUGGACUUUACAUAUCGACGAGUGAGGACCAAAGAUCGGCGGGGAGAUGUACCGUCACGUCUCAUCGUCGAAGAAGCCAUUGUUGUGCAAAACCUACCGAAUUUCGUGGAGUAUAUGAGAAGAAGAGAGGAGAUCCGGAAGCACUGCAAAGCCAGUCCUCCAUCCACGAUGCUGAACGAUUUGCACAGCAGAUCGGUAUGCAAGACAUUCGCAAAGCUCCCGAACAGUGGCAAACAGUUUCAUAGUGUUUGGAGAGACGCUCACAACCUACCAGUGGAUCCUAUAGACGCUGAGAUCAAUGAAUACUACCUGUUUCAUG